AUGGGGCCACCAUGUUGCAACGGUGCAGAAAAUAACUCAGCCCCAGCCUCUGCCCUAGCAUCAGCAUCAGCCCCUGCCCCAGCCUCUUCCCCAUCCCUAGCCUCAGCCCCAACCUUUUAUCCUGCCUCUGCACCAAUCUUUGCCCCAGCCCCAGCCUCUUACCCAACCAUUUCCCCAGCCCCAGCCCCAACCUUUGCCCCAGCCCCAGGCUCUUAUCCAAUCUUUGUCCCAGCCCCAGACCCAGCCCCAGCCUAUUAUCCAAUAUUUGACCCAGCCCCAGCCUCUUAUCCAAUCUUUGACCCAGCCCCAGCCUCUUAUCCAAUCUUUGUCCCAGCCCCAGCCUCUUAUCCAAUCUUUGACCCAGCCCCAGCCUCUUACCCAAACUUUGUCCCAGCCCCAGCCUCUUUCCCAACCUUUGUCCCAGCCCCAGCCUCUUACCCCAUCUUUGUCCCAGCCCCAGCCUCUUAUCCAAUCUUUGACCCAGCCCCAGCCUCUUACCCAAACUUUGUCCCAGCCCCAGCCUCUUAUCCAAUCUUUGUCCCAGCCCCAGCCUCUUAUCCAAUCUUUGACCCAGCCCCAGCCUCUUACCCAAACUUUGUCCCAGCCCCAGCCUCUUUCCCAACCUUUGUCCCAGCCCCAGUCUCUUACCCAAUCUUUGUCCCAGCCCCAGCCUCUUAUCCAAUCUUUGACCCAGCCCCAGCCUCUUACCCAAACUUUGUCCCAGCCCCAGCCUCUUACCCAACCUUUGUCCCAGCCCCAGCCUCUUACCCAACCUUUGUCCCAGACCCAGCCCCAACCUUUGCCCCAGCCCCAACCUUUGUCCCAGCCCCAGCCUCUUACCCAAUCUUUGUCCCAGCCCCAGCCUCUUACUCAAACUUUGUCCCAGCCCCAGCCUCUUACCCAACCUUUGUCCCAGCCCCAUCCUCUUACCCAACCUUUGUCCCAGCCCCAGCCUCUUACCCAACCUUUGUCCCAGACCCAGCCCCAGCCUCAGCCUUAACAAGGUCCGUACUCCCCCUUUUACAGCAGGCCGUCCUUUAA